AAGGAAACUCCUUGGAUUGGUAGGUGAUGAAGCUAAUGCAGCCACUGUGCUUGGGGCCAACUUUUCUGCUGGUUUUGUAGCUGGAAGUCUUUCUGCUGCCGCUACAUGUCCCCUGGAUGUUGCAAAAACCCGACGACAGAUAGAGAAGGAUCCGGUGAGGGCACUGAGAAUGACAACAAGGCAGACUCUUAUGGAGGUUUGGAGGGAUGGUGGGUUGAAAGGACUAUUUGCAGGAGUUGGACCUCGUGUUGGCCGUGCAGGCCCAUCGGUUGGGAUUGUGGUAUCAUUUUACGAAGUAGUGAAAUAUGUUCUUCAUCAUCAAUAUCCAACUUCAGCGUCAUGACAGGGUAAGAGCUGCUUCUUACCUUCUUCCGGUGUAAGCUGUGCAUAGGAGGAACUCGUCGACCAGGGAGCUUUUUUCUUUUAGUCUUACUAUGGACGCAUGG